AAUUCGACUAGGUCAAUCAUCAUAAACCUCUGUAUCUAAUGGGACGUCCAGCGUCGACCGUCGUGAUUCCCGACAAACCACGCCGGAUCGAUCGCGAAAACGGCCGCUACAACCCUGAAUCCGAGGGAUCCCCGGACUACCGCCGUCAUCGGCGCAGAAGCCCCUCUUACGAUGACUAUGAAGACCGCCGAGAGACGGAUCGCCGCUAUCGCUCGCGCUCGCCCAGAUACUCUAGCCCUAGAAGAAGAAGCCCGAGUCCAGGCCCUGGUUUCAGGUACGGCGAGACCCUAAAUUCUCUUCCUAAGAGAUUCGGGAGAAACCGUUCUUAUCUGGACCGUGGGAGGCGUUCCGAUUCGGAAUCUGACGAGGAAUUGAAAGGAUUGAGUUUGGAGGAGCGCAGGAGGCUCAAGAGGCAGAGGAUGCGGAAAUCGAUGAAGUAUUGCAUAUGGAACCUCACACCGAGUCCGCCAAGGAAUGAAAACGAUGAACUAGAAGAAGAAAAACCUGACGAGAUUUUGGAGAAGUUCGGAUGGGAUGAUGCCAGAAAGAGCGAUUCGAGUGAGAGAGAGAAGGGGAAAGAAAAGGUGAAUAGCAGGAAGGGAAAGGCCGAUUCUGAAUCUGGCGGUUCAGAGAGCAGUGAAUCGGAGAGCGAGUCUGAGGAUGAUUCACGAUCAAAGAAGAGGAGGAGUUCGAGGGCUAAGCGUAGAAGUAGGAAAUCAUCAUCUUAUACUGAUAGUGGAUCGGAUACCGAGACUAAGAGCGAAAGUGAAUCGGAUGAUUCCGACAGAGAGAGAAGAAAAAAGAAAUCAAGGAAAAGUAGUAACAGGCGACGCAGCAGUCAUAGAAGUAAUAAAAGGAGCAGAAGGAGGAAGAAUAGAUAUGAUUCAGAUGAGAGUGCUGGCGAAAAGAGUGAUUCGGAGGGUUCUGGAGAUGACCCUGCAAAGCUGAAAACACUGAAGCGUUCUUCGAGCUCGUCUAAAAGGAGCAAGAAAAACAAAAGGUCUGAGACAGAGAGUGAUGAAAGUUCUGCUUCUGAUGCUGAUGCUAAGAGUAAGUUGAUGGCAGAGGAGGCAAUGAAGGUUGAACUUGAUGCCGAGGCAUUGCAAUUUAAGGAGAUGAUUGAGUCCAGGAAGAAGCCCACCUUGGAAAAUGAGCCUGUGGUUGGGCCAAUGCCGCUGCCGAGAGCUGACGGGCAUAUCAGUUAUGGUGGCGCACUUAGACCAGGAGAAGGUGAUGCCAUUGCCCAGUAUGUGCAGCAAGGGAAGCGUAUUCCACGGAGAGGUGAAGUGGGUCUUUCUGCAGAGGAGAUUCAGAAGUUCGAGACUCUUGGAUAUGUGAUGAGUGGUAGUAGGCAUCAAAGGAUGAAUGCCAUUCGUAUCAGGAAAGAAAAUCAGGUUUACAGUGCUGAAGACAAGCGUGCAUUGGCUAUGUUUAACUACGAAGAGAAGGCAAAACGCGAGCAGAAGGUUAUGUCUGAUUUACAGCGGUUGGUUCAACGCCAUAUUGGGCAGGAUGUUGGUCCUACUCAUGAUCCUUUUGGUGCAAAAGAUUGUGUUGAUCCUUGACAAUGAUGAUGGUUGGUCAAGUAUUCUCAUCGUUCCAAGUGUGUUACAAGUCUGGUUGCUGUCAGCUCGUUGGCAUUCUCAUAAAAUUGGCAGAAGGGUCAAAUGCAACUUUAUGUAUUAGGCGAACUCUUCUCUUCUCCCUGAUGAACUCCUCGUCUCCCUGAUGAAGUGAUGAUUCUAUUUUUGAUCCAAUGGUUGGGCCAAGAUGAACACUGCUUUAAAGUUAAACUUCGGUGAGUUGUAGGCCACGUUGGGAACUGCAAAAAAUUGACGGUGGAUGCUGGUCUAGAGAUACUGUGCAAGGGCCAGCAUUUUUUUUCCCCAUGUUCUUUGGUUGUGAAUAACUUCGGUAAGUACAUUUUAGUUAUAGAGAGACUGUCUAGUCUAGUGCAUCAUGAUAGAUGUACAAAGGCGCAGGUAAUUGAACUGCCUGGCUGUUGUUGACAACGAUCUUGACAUCUUCUGUUCUUUAAGGACACUCUUGCAUGCUUCUUAUUAAUUGAAGCCCUGCUUUCCUGCUAA